GACCAGAGCCAAGGGAGUACAAGUUUCUCUCUAUUUGAUUGCAUCACAUUUUGACAGCUGAUUCCUACUUCAGCAUCCAAAGAUGACUCUGAUUAUGAAAAGUUGUUUCCUCUCACUGACCAUCCUGUUUCUUUGGCAAGUGGCAGAUGGAGCAGAAGCCUGCAAGUGUACCCCGGUCAAAAUUCAGCAGGCUUAUUGCAGAUCAGAUGUUGUUAUCAAGGCAGUAGUCUCUGGAAGUCAGAUGGUUGAAGCUGGGAAUGACACUUCUGGAAAUGCUAUCAAGAACAUCGAAUAUGACAUCAGAGUGACUGAGGUGUACAAAGGCCCUCGUGAUAUUGAUGCUGUCUAUACUUCUCCCUCUGAUUCAUGUGGAGCCACUCUGGACACUGGAAACAAACUGUAUUUUAUCACAGGCAAACUGGAAGAUGGGAAAGUGCUCAUCUCGCGUUGUGACUUCAUUGAGCUGUGGGAAGACUUGAGUAUUGGCCAGAAGCUGAAACCGUUUCAGUGUCAUACAUUUGGCUGUGGCUGCUAGAUGAACAUCUGCUUCUCCCUAGCCCAGCAGAAUACAUAUGGACUGACUGGAGAUACUGUCAUGUGAUGGUUCACAAGCUGCUGUAUCACCAGAAUUUGUCUGCCUAAGAUCAAUAAAGAUUAUUGUAAACAA